GAAAGAUCUUCCUACUUGGAGUAUCAAAAAGUAAUGAGGGAAAUAGAACAUUUGAGCCGUUUAUAUAUUGCUUAUCAGUUUUUGCUUGCUGAAGAUACCAAAGAACGCUCAGCUGAGGACUUAAAAGAAAUGCAGGAUAAAGUUCAAAAGCUUCAAGAGGAAUUGUCUGAGAAUGAUAAAAAAAUAAAAGCACUUAAUCAUGAAAUAGAGGAGCUGGAAAAAAGAAAAGAUAAGGAAAUUGGAGGUGUACUCCGAUCUUUAGAAGAUGCUCUUGCAGAAGCUCAGCGAGUUAAUACUAAAUCUCAAAGUGCCUUUGAUCUCAAGAAGAAAAAUCUGACAGGCGAAGAAAACAAACGCAAAGAGCUGGAAAAAAAUAUGAUUGAG